AUGGCAGCGAGCCAGACUCGGGUGGUCGUCGGAGCCUCGCGAGGGCUGGGUCACGAGUUCGUGAAGCAGCUCCUGGCCAGGGGAGACAGUGUUGUUGCCACAGUCAGGAAGCCUGGCCUGGAAAAUGCGGCAUCGCUGUGGCCAAACAGUGAAGAUCGGUGCCAGAUCUAUGACUGCGAUAUGCUGAGUGCCGAGAGCAUCGAUGCAUUCGCUAAGCAGUUGCAGCAGUCUGGCAUUGGACAUAUACACGAUGUCGUAGUCAACGCCGGCGUGCUCAAGUACCCGAAUCGAGCCAGCGAGAUCAGCUACAAGGACUUGGCCUUCCACCUCCAUACAAAUACUAUUGGACCCAUCAUCUGCGCUCAGAAGCUCCUUCAAACCGGCAUCGCCAUCGACAGGAUAACAUUCAUCUCAAGCGACUCAGGUUCUGCACAAGAAUUCCGAGACUUUGAGGAUGGAUUCGCAGCAUAUGGAGCCUCCAAGGCAGCUCUCAACCAGAUGCUCCGCCAUAUGGCCGCCGAAUUGAAACGGAAAGGACGUGAUACCACCAUCAUCGCGCUGCAUCCAGGAGAAGUCAAGACGGACAUGGCCAACAUCGAUGUUGGCUGGGACGUAGAAGGGCAAAUGACUCCCGCUGAGAGUGUAUCUGCUUGCAUCAAAGUCAUCGAAAGUAAGAAUGCUAAUGACAGUGGCACGUUCUGGACAUGGGAGAACAAGGCAUAUCCAUGGUGA